CACUAGCUAUCUUCUUAAUAACUUCUUAGAGAAAAACAAACAGUACUAAAAGAGAAAAGAGAGAUAGAAUCAAGGAGGAGCUAGCUAGAUAACAAUAUGGUUUUAGAUAAUUUCAAGAAGGAUAUUGAUUGUGAUGAAUAUAUGGAGGAUGAAGAAGUUCCACUUCCCGGGUUCCGUUUCCACCCCACAGAUGAAGAACUUCUAGGUUUCUAUCUUCGCCGGAAGCUUGACAACAAACCCAUUACUCUCGAACUCAUCAAACAGAUUGAUAUCUACAAAUAUGAUCCAUGGGAUCUUCCAAAAGCAAGUAGUAGUGGUGGAGAGAAGGAGUGGUACUUCUUUUGCAAAAGAGGGAGGAAGUAUAGGAACAGCAUAAGGCCCAACAGAGUCACUGGCUCUGGGUUCUGGAAAGCAACAGGGAUAGACAAGCCAGUGUACUCACUCGGAGGAGAAGGCAAUGACUGCAUAGGACUCAAGAAAACACUGGUUUACUACCGCGGCAGCGCAGGCAAAGGCACCAAAACUGACUGGAUGAUGCACGAGUUUCGCCUUCCCUCCAAUGCUGAUCACACCAACCCCCAUAACAGCAAUGCUGCUGUUGCCCAAGAAGCUGAAAUUUGGACAUUGUGUCGAAUUUUCAAGAGAAGUAUGUCACACAGAAAGCAGUACACACCCGAUUUGAGACAGUUAGCAGCUAAGCGUGCAUCCACUGACAAGAUCACCAAAAUGAGAAGUUUGGAGUGUGAUUACACUAAUCAAGAAGCAUACAUAAACUUUGGUACAAACUUUGGUCAUUAUGCUAAUGAUCAUAGGCAUGUGAUUAACAACAACACAAGCAGUGAUCAAAGGCAUCAUCAUCAGGUUCAUGUAGGUCUGCUGAACUCUCCGGCGGCACAACCACCUCGAUUAUCGGCACCGUCUUCAGACUUCUGGAACAGCCCUGCGGCCAAUGACUUCUUCACGUUUGAGAAUUGGGACGAGCUUGGAUCGGUUGUGAAGUUUGCUGCUGAUUCGCCUAUGAUGUAAAUAACCGUAUGUGUUGUUUCUUGAUUAGUUGUUAGAAUGGAAUAGGAAUAAUAUAUCAUACUCUCUCCGGUCCUAUUUAUAAGCAACAAAAAAAAAAUUCACAUA